ACUUUGUCGAUGCAGCACGCUUGGGGUCGCGUUCUGGUGCGCGCUGCGCGUAGCAGCCGUAGUGCUUUAACCAGUGCACGCGUUGCAUCGCAUCUCCGCUCUGCCGCGCCGUCGUCUCGCGCAGUGGCACGUUGCACUGGCGCCGUGCGCUUCGAGUCUACCGAGUCGACGCCUUCUCGUUUUUUGAGCUUGGCAGACGAGGAGAAGGCGAAGAACGAGAACGGAGAUGAAGGCGAAGGAGAGGGAGGUGACAAUUUCGACGCUCAGGACGAGGAUUCCGAGGGACAGGACGGAGCCAUCGAGGUGGACUCUAUCCCGGACGUCAACAAGGGCGGCGUAGAGGAGAACGACGAGCUGGACGAGCUCGUGAUGGAACUUUUUAUGGAGAACCCACUGCGAUGGAACUCAAAGACACUAGCACGCAAGUUCCACCUGUCCAAGCCUCGCGUAGAGGCCAUUAUCUGGAUGAAGCGCAUGGAAGCCGAGCUCACACCCGAGGAAUUCCGUGCCAAGGUGCAGGAAGCCAAGAAAAAAGCUCAGAAGGAGAUGGACGAACAGGCCAAGAAACUCGCGGAUGCUGAGGCUUCUGGUAACGACAAGGAAGCCGCUCGUCUUAAGAAACGUGCACGACAGGAGCACGAGGCUACGCAGCCUGACCACGAGCUGGACGCUGAGGAGGAAGCCAUGGUCAUGGGUAUUGACGACGAGGCCUUCCGGAACCCGGACUUUUUCUUCCUUAGCGACGAGUUCGAGGGCUACCCGCCUCUUGUGCGUCGUAUGGGCAAGCACGGACACACGGAUCAGCUGUACCCGGAGGAGGCGCUGGAGCUGCAGCGACUGGCUGGUAACAACAAGAUUGAGUUGCACAAGAACUUUGCGAGCCCCGCAAACAGCGAGAGCAAGGCCAAAUUCCGUCUGGCAGUCAAGGACAUCACCACCAAGAAGAAACAUCUGCUUGUACGCGACGAGAGCCGCUCGCUGCGUCUCGCCACGAACGACGAAGUGCUGCCCCGCACGUGGGUGCGUAGACCAGCCCACUUCCGCGGCCUGGCCAAGGAGCUCGCUUAAUCAAGUGACACCCAUCUCGGUGUAUAGUAUAGAGGCACGCAUCGGAGGACGGGCUGGCUGGACUGCAAUUAGGAAGCGUCGGAAGUUAUGGCGAGGUUGCAAUACAAGAGGAUCGACAUGCA